AUGAAGAAACUUCACCAAUCUGAAAAUAACAUGAUUUCCAACAACUUGAAAGCCUUUGAAAGAGAGAUUCAUGGUUUAUCAGAAAUAAGGCAACGUAACAUUGUGAAGCUGUAUGGCUUUUGUUCACAUCCAAAGAACUCAUUUUUGGUUUAUGAGUUUGUAGAAAGGGGAAGUUUGAAAAUGGUGUUAAGGAAUAAGGACGAGGCAAUGGAGUUGGAUUGGGAGAAGAGGUUAAAUGUUGUAAAAGGAGUGGCCCAUGCCUUGUCCUAUGUGCAUCAUGACCAUUCAUCACCUAUUAUUCAUCGAGACAUUUCCAGCAACAAUGUUCUUUUGGAUUUGGACUAUGAGGCUCAUGUCUCAGAUUUUGGCACAGCCAGGCUUUUAAAGCCUGAUACUUCCAAUUGGGCCUCACUUGCUGGCACUUUCGGAUACAUAGUUCCAGGUAGAAAGAGAUGCGAUGUAUAUAGUUUUGGAAUUCUAAUAAUGGAAGUUCUUAUGGAAAGACAUCAUGGUGAUCUUGUUCAGUGUUUAUCAUCAUUGGCGUUUGGCAUCGACAUCGGCUUUGGUACCUAA